AUGAAAUCGGGAGAUGUGGAGUAUCAGCAAGGAUCCCAAGAAAACAACCCGCAGAGUCCAAUAACGCUUCACCCUAGAAAUAAAUCUCUUAUCUCACACGAUACAAACACGGUUUCCCCAAACCGUUAUUCUUCUUCUUCUUCAUUUUCUUGUUCUUCUUCUUCUUCCCGCAAUGAUGAGAAGUUUGCGGAUGUUGGUGUAUGUGCAAGUACUGGAGUUUCUAUUAGACUUUGUUAUCAAACCUUUGGAGAUCGAAAUGCCGCUAAUGGUGUUGUGCUUCUCAUUAUGGGUCUUGCCUCUCCUUCACUCUUGUGGGAUGGACACUUCUGCACGGCGUUGGCAGCUCGUGGAUUAUAUGUGAUUCGAUUUGAUAAUCGUGAUAUUGGACGGAGUACAUUUCUCACUGGCCAUCCAGUCAUUCCUUCUUCCUCUACUUCUACUUCUUCUGCUGGAAUAAGAGGGAAUAAUAAUAAUAAUAAUAAUAAUAAUAAUACUAUGAAUGAUAUCGUGGAAGAAUGGGAAUCUAAUGUAUCUCCUUCAUCAUCCUCAUCAUCAUCAUCUUUAUUAUCAUCAACACCGCCUCGAUCAUGGUUUCAUAAGUUCAGUGGAUUCUCCACCUUUCACGCCCAAUUGGCUUAUGCAAGUAUCAUGCAAGGCCGACAUCACUUCUUUCGCGAUGUCUACACAUUAGAUGAUAUGUCAAAUGACUGUGUGGGUCUCUUAAAUGCGCUUCACAUCCCGCAGGCUCACAUUGUGGGAAUGUGUAUGGGUGGAAUGAUUGCCCAAAGGAUCGCCAUUCAACACCCCACUCGUGUGAGGAGUCUCGCACUCUUCUCUACACACAGCAGCUCCACACACGCACGAUGGCCAUCACUGCGGGAUGUCUUCGCUAUCGCCAGCGCCGCUCAUUAUGUCACUCAAAUGGGAUUCGAUAUCCCCCAACAACAACAACACGAAGAAAAAGAAAAAGAAAAAGAAGGAGAAAAAACAAUAAAACAAAAACAAAAAGAAAAACAACAACAACAGGAAUCACUACAACGUAGACGUCCACGGGAUGAGGAGGAACUCACACAGACACUCGUCUCUCUACUUGUACGCUUCGCUGGCGGCCGCACCUCACGUUAUCCCAUCAACCGUGUGGCCUGCGAACGUCAAGUGCGGCGAAUAUUACGGCGGAGUUCAGACUUCAGCGGUGUAUUGCGACAAUACGUGGCUUUAUUAAAUGCCCCCAGCCGCGUGUUGGAUCUGCAGAAGAUUCAAAUACCGACCAUUGUACUCCAUGGGACUAUAGAUCCAUUAGUGCCCUACCAGAAUGGAAAAGAACUGGCGGAACUUAUCCCACAUGCGAAGUUUUUUUCAUUUGAGGGAUUGGGUCAUGUUUUACAUCCGGCAUUGCGGGAAGAGUUUGUUGGGGCAUUAAUGGGGAAUAUGCAACGAUCAAGAGAAGGGAAUAUGGGGGUGAAAAAUACAUCAAAACUGUAA